CAGAGGAAUGUAAGCAUCCCGAAAUCAAAUCUAUCUCUCUCUUGCACUCUUUAUACCUACCUUACUCUCUCUUCUGUGUUAAGAAACAUGUCAAGCCGUCCUUACAUCGAUGCUGCAUUUCGUUCAUCAAGAGAAUAUGAAGUGUAUUUCUUCGCCAAGAACAAGUAUGUGCGGUUGCAUUACACUCCCGGGCAAACAGAAGAUAAGAUUUUGACUAAUCUGCGUUCGAUUAGUAGUGGUUUUCCAUCACUUGCAGGAACUCCAUUUGCAGAAGCUGGAAUAGACUGUUCCUUUGACACUGAAGCGAGUGAAGCAUAUGUGUUCUCCGGCAACCUCUGUGCCUACAUAGACUAUGCUCCAGGUACAACAAAUGACAAGAUACUCGCAGGUCCUACCACAAUUGCUGAAAUGUUUCCUGUGCUCAGAGACACGGUGUUUGCUGAUGGCAUAGACUCUGCAUUUAGAUCAACCAGAGGAAAAGAAGUUUACUUAUUCAAGGGCAAUAAGUAUGUUCGCAUAGCCUAUGAUUCGAAGCAGCUUGUUGGCAACAUUCGCAACAUAGGUGAUGGCUUUCCUGUCCUGAAAGGUACCGUCUUUGAAAGUGGAAUUGAUGCGUGUUUUGCUUCUCAUAAGGAACCUGAAGCUUACCUUUUCAAAGGAGAUAAGUAUGUGAGAAUCAAUUUCACCCCAGGUAAAACUGAUGACACUCUUGUCGGUGAUGUCAGGCCUAUCCUUGAUGGUUGGCCAGUUCUUCGAGGCAUUUUGCCUGUGAGCUAAACUAGCCUUCACUCUCAUGCAUCAACCACCUUAGCCUCGUCACACUCAAUGAGGCUCUCAAUAAGGCUUUCGCCUCGUCACAUUCAAUAAGGCUUUCAUUUCCAACUUUUGUUUUCUUUCUCUUUAAUGUAACAUUAGGAUUGGAAGCAUGUUUCCUUUCCUAAUGUAACAAGUCUGAAUGUUUGUCUUUCCUUUCCUGUAUGUGGAUGUUUCUUUCAUAUCGUCAUGUCAUUUGUGCACUUAAUAAAAGUGGGUGGUUUAGUUUGAUAGAA